UCUCAUGGAAGAAGAAGUAGAAGUGUGGAACAGACUGUCUCCUCCCCCCACCAUCGGCGCACCACUCUCUCCUCCCCCUUGUACCCUCACCUACCCACCCACCCCCCUUCUUGUGCUUGCCUUUGUGACUGCGUACCCGAAUAAACCGAACACCGGGGCGCUUGCCUGGAAAAAAAAGCUCAGCGGAAGAUUCCUCCUUGAAUUUAUUUUAUAAUUUUUUUUUACACCCCCGUGAUUUGGAAUUCUCAGGAAUAUCGUGAAUACCGCUGGAUGAUAAUAGGAGGAAAAGGGGAUGAUCCGGACCCCCACCACCCCCCACCCCCUCACUCCCCACCCCUUAGCCUGCACCAGCAACACCACGGUGGAAGCACGUGAAGAUUUUACUCCACAAUCGGACCGCAUUUUGGGCACUUUUUCCGCCAUCUGCAUCCUUUGACGCCAUCCUCGCAUCCCAGCCAACAUUCGGCGUCCACCUCGACUGGGAUUUGGGUUUUUUUGUAGAGGACAUGGAUCUGGAUUAAACGGACGGACGGGCAGAGAGCCGCCAAACUGGAGCAGCACGCCAGAGCACGCCGGGGGCGAAGGGGGCGACGGGACUCGGUGAAUUCACGGAGCCCCCGGGAUAGAGCUUGCGAGUGGUCCCACCCCAAGAUGACGUCCCCCAAAAACCGAACCAAGAAGAAACCCCCCAAAGACAGCAUGACCCUGCUGCCAUGUUUUUACUUUGUGGAGCUCCCCAUCGUGCUGUCGUCCUUGGUGUCGCUGUACUUCCUGGAGCUGACGGACGUCUUGUCUCCCGCCGUGGUGGGCUUCCGCUGCUACGACCGCGACCUCUCCAUGCCCUACGUGGAGACGGGCGACGAGCUCAUCCCACUGCUCAUGCUGCUCAGCCUGGCGUUCGCUGGACCCGCCGCGUCGAUCAUGAUGGGGGAGGGCCUCAUGUACUGCAUGCAGUCCAAACUCAAGACCUGUCCGAAGACGGAGAGCAGCAUCAACGCCGGCGGGUGCAGCUUCAACUCCUUCCUGCGCAGGACCGUGCGCUUUGUGGGUGUUCACGUGUUUGGUCUCCUAGCAACGGCGCUGGUGACAGAUGUCAUCCAGCUGGCCACCGGCUACCACGCCCCCUUCUUCCUCACCGUCUGCCAGCCCAAUUACACGGCGCCGGGCGUGGCCUGCGAUAACAACGCCUACGUCACGCAGGACAUCUGCAUGGGCAAAGACCAGUACGCCAUCAUGUCGGCGAGGAAAACAUUCCCAUCCCAGCAUGCAACACUUUCCGGCUUUGCCGCUGUCUACAUUUCCAUGUACUUCAACGCUAGCAUCGGCGCCACCACAAAGUUGCUCAAGCCGCUGUUGGUGUUCGCCUUCUGCAUGGCGGCGGGCCUGGCCGGCCUCACGCAGAUCACCCAGCACCGAAGCCACCCCAUCGACGUCUACGUGGGCUACCUGAUCGGAGCCGGCAUCGGCGUCUACCUGGCCGUGUACGCAGUGGCAAACUUCAAAGCGUCCGAAGAAGACGCGUCGCCUCAGCCCAAAUCUUUGACGACGCCGCAUAAGGACACCCUGAGGGUGCUGAGUCAGCGCAGUCACGACUCCCUCUACAGGAAGACGCCGCGGGUGUCGGAGAGCCGCGAGGAGCUGGCCGUGGCCAUGGCUUCGGGAGCGCGCAGCAAGGUGAGGCGGGAGAAAGCCUCCCUGGCCUCCCUGAAGCGAGCCAGUGCCGACGUGGAGCUCCUGGCCACCCGCGGGCCCAUGGGCAAGGAGACGAUGGUGACGUUCAGCAACACCCUGCCCCGGGUGGCCAACGGCAACAGCCCCAUCUCGCCCUCCGAUGAGACGCCCGUCUCGCAGCGCCACAUGACCUUCCAUGUGCCCCUGGACCCACAAAGAUCCCGGCAGCUCGUGUCAGAGUGGAAGCAGCGCUCUCUGGAGCUCAGGAGUCAAAGUUCCCGGGAUGAGAACGAGAGCGAGGAAGGGACGGAAGUGGCGGAUGCGGCCGAUGAGGCGGGCGACAAGGCGGUGCCGUCCUCUCUCUACCCCAAAGUGCAGGCCAAUAAAGGCAUGGCGACGCCCACCGGGGGCCGGAUGGUUGUGUCUCCUCCGCUGGUCCACAUCCCCGAGGAGGCCGCGCGUCCGCCGCCCGUCUCCCCCAAGAGCGCCAAGACCCGCGCCAAGUGGCUUUCACUCACCGAGGCGGAGAGGAGCGCCGCGAAGGAGCACAGCAUGGGACCCAUCGCCGUAUCCACGCCCAGGGUGCCCAACGCGCAACCUGCUCAGCCGCCCGCUCAACCGAGAGUCACUCAGGUGAUGGCGAUGUCCAAGCAACUAAGCCACGGCGGCUCCUCCGUGGAGGGCGGCGGCUCCUCCUCCGGCGGCGGCUCCAACUGCUCCGAGUCGCCCUACUACCGCAUCCCCUCCGACCGGGACAGCUGCAUGGGCAGCAACCCGGGCAGCAUCGCUGGCAGCGGCAGCAUCGUCACCAUCGACGCCCACGCCCCCCACCACCCGGUGGUGCGGGUGACGGCGUCCAACGGGAAGCCGUGGGAGUGGAGGAACACCAUCAGCGGCAACAUGAUGGCGGGCGACGCGGCGGCGUUGGAGAAGCACCGCGGCGUGCUGCGAGGGCAGGACCACGCCCCACUGUACCGUGACUACCGGACGCUCCCGGUGAAAAAGGAGUCGCAGGGUGGCGAAACUCCGGAGCUCCCGCCCCCGCCGCAGCUGUCGUCGCCCCAUCUCCCGCCGCCACCCCCUCACACGUCUCUCCUGUCUCACCCACCUUCUCAGGCGUCACCGCAAAGCUCCUCAUCCCCCUUGCCCCCUCCUCCGCUGCCGGCCUCUUCCGUGCCGCAGCCGCCGCCUCCCCACCCCUCGUGCUCAGCCAUGCUCCCCCCUCCGCCCCACCCCGACCUGCUGAUGGACGACCAGAUGCUGUCCCGCUCGUCCACGCUGCCCCGCCGGCCCUCCGUGUCGGCUCGCAGCCAUGCUGAGCAGGAGCACUACUACAAGGCACUCCAGAACGAGCGGAUGCUAUAGUGCAGCGGUCCCGAAUCGUGAUUGCGCCAUGGGAGGGUUUCACGUCAAGCGAUAUUUUGAAAGAUCAGCGUAGAAACAAAUACAAGUCAAAGUCAACAUUUAGAAAUGCCAUUCAAACCAAUUACCGAGUCGCAUCUUGGGGUCGUGACACAAUGACACUGAAAGUGUUUUCCUUGAGUUCAGUCUGCUCAGUCCCUUUGUUUCAGUUGCCGGCAAGAAAAUCACAAUACCCAUUUUUCGGGGUUAGGAUGAUCUUCUAUGAAUGAACCUUGCCCGAUAUUGUCUCUGAAGCCCCGAACGCACCGAUCGGAAAACAUUUGCGACUGUUGGGAAAAUGCGCUUUGCCGUCAGGGUUCCUUCAAGGGAGCAAAGGUUCGCGAACCGUCCGGCAAACGAGCAUCAGAUGUUUGCCGACGAUUUCGAUGUUUUUUCUUGUCGCAAGGAAAGUUUGACCAAAGUUCCCUUGCGACAAGUUCAGGUGAACGUCUUGACGAUCAUUUGCGACCUUGAACGAACCCCGAUGAGAAUUGAACUUUUGCUGCCUGCGCAAAUAUUCGCAAAUGUUCGCGGCUCAGUGGGAUAGGCGCUUUAAAAGCAGCUUUCCUUUCUUGGAAAUUGUCGGAUCUUCUCCUGUCUCAUCAUUUGGUCCUUCCGUAGAAGCUCUUCAAAGACAUUUGUAUUGGAUGGAUUUUUGAUCGGUUGCGGAUUGACUUUUUUCAUAAAUUGCGUGACUGAGACAAGAGGUUCUUUCUACCUGAUGCUCCAAAAAGUUUUUUUUUGCUCAGGUUCUCAGUUUCGCCUGGUACCAAAUGGCCAAUGCAGUGCUGAUUGGGAACCGCUGCUAUAUUGGACGACUUGUAUUUCGAGGACUGGGAGGACUGUUUUUUUUUAAAGGACUGCCGAUCCAGGAGGGCAUCUUCAAUUCAAAUCCAUGGGAACACUUUGGCUAAAGCGUCCGACAGCUGUCAGAAGACGAGAAAAGAGAUCAAAAAAACCAAGAACAAGAAUUCCCGCCUGUUCGCCGCCAGGGAGGGAAAAUCAUCUGCAGCGGAAAGAGGAGAUAGGGCUUCGAAAGGCCUCAGAUUUGCUCAAUCUGUUUUCCUCUGAGAGGGCGAAGGAAAACAAAACAACCGCGGGCAAUGCCAGCGUUCCUAAAGACGGCUGCAGCUGUUUGUUGGCUGCCAGCUUUUGUUUGCUCCCUGUAACAAGUUGUUCUUGUGGAUCUCUAACUUCCAAGCGUGGAUCCUUCUGGGGAGUCGUCUCACUCAAACAGUCAAGCUUGAGCCAUGCUAAUGUGGGUGCGAGGAAGAGGACGAAAGCUGCAAAUCCCAAGCGCGUGUCACCGGAAUGGUUUAUGGCCUCACACCAACCACCUUGCUGACUGGAUGCAACCAACUAGCUUCUCUUGCCUCGGCUCCUGGUCUUUGAGUCUUAUGUUAGAGGGUCUUGGGGCUAUGUGACCGUCCAAAUUCUUUGGCCAAGUGUGAAUGCUAUCAUCUGAAUCCAGUUAAGAUAAGGCUAACCCAAGACCCUAACCAUAUCAACUAAAUCCAGAUUGAUCAGUCCAAUCCUCAACCCUCGCCCCGAACCCUAAACCUCAAAACUUUCACCGUAACUUCUACCUUAAACAAAACUCUUCAACCCAAACCCCAACAUCUUCAACCCCAACUCCUAAACCUGACACUCGAGCUAACCUAGUAACCUCAACCUACUAACUCCAACCCAGUCCUAACCUACUAAACUUGUCACCCUAAAUCCCUAACUGUAAGCCCAAAUGCAACUCUCGCCCUAACCUUUCAAUAUUAACCUCAACCCAAUGCUGAACCCUGAACUCCAAAACCCUUUACCGUAACCCAAACCCUGACAAUCGCCUUUAGAUCUAACCCAAAGCCCAAUCAAAACCCCCAAAGCCUUGAACCCUUCUCUGCAACCCUAAACCUAGGUCUUAUUUUACACCCAAAUCCCAAACCCUCAAACCUCCACCUCUUAACUAAAAUUGUAACCUUAAACCCAAUGCGCGACUUAACGCUAAAUCCUAACCUGAACCCUACACCCUAAUCCUUAGAUUUGAAACAUACACGCAUAAUCAUAAUCUAACACCACCAUGACCCCCCCCCCCCUCCCGACAUCGCUAAUCUGAACUCGAAACCUCAAUUCCAGACCACAGAACUAAAUUGCAAGUGUGAGCGCAACGGCAGUCACCACACUUAUUUUGACGAGCAUAAUUCAGGUCACUGGACUGGGGAGUUCUGUCAUUUCAUCGAUCAGGGCAAAACUACUCAGAACUCAUCCGGAUUAGUCCACUUCAUUCAGUAUCUGUCCAGACUUUCAUGCACACAAACGUAUCACACUAAAAAUCGGGCAUAUUUUGAGGCCAAAAUAUAUAUAUAUAUAUAUAUAUAUAUAUAUAUAUAUAUGUCCGGCAAAUCUUGAUCAUUGUAGUUAUACCAUGAAAACAUCAUGAACUGUAACUGCUUUUAUUCGAAAGUGGUGCCAAAAACAAAACAAAACGAUAAAGUCAAUGUAAAGCCUAAUGAAUGAACAAUAAGGUUAAAAUCAAAAAGUGAAUUUCAAUUCAAAAGUGAAAUAAUUUCAUCCCUUUCCAGUAUAUCGUGGUAAUACAUUAUCUAGAAAAUAACGAUUAAUCGUCGACUCUCUGCGUUUCAACUUUGUUGUAUAAAGUUAACUUUUUAGCUUACUUUGUCCAAAUUGUUUCAUCCAACAUCCAUCAACAAGUGCUUUAUUUUUCGGGGAUAUUUUCAUAAACAGCGGACACAAAAACAUUUUUUUAACGAUCCCCUGAAGCUAUUUUGUAAAAAUGGGUCUUGUACGGCGUUACGCAUGAGUCUGUUCCCGCUGGGGUUUUUUUUAGUAGGAUUUUGCACAAAAAUUGCACAUCGCGGAAAACAAGCAGGUUUGGGGGAAAAGUCUUUUUGUUUUGUUGUUGUUGUUAUUUUUUUUUUUGUUUUUUUUAAUUAAAUUAUUUUAAAGAAACUAAUAAGACUUCAACCUAAAUAUGUUAAUAUACCACGUAAAAUAAUUUAUUUUUCUUUUUAUGGAAAAAAAAUUAGCAUUUUCAUGUUCAAAUUUUGCAUUUUGUUGAUUUUUUUUUUUUUUUGUGGUUUGUGCGACAGUCACCUUGCUGCAAAAUUGUCCGGUUCGAACAUAAUACAGUGCUAAACUUUUUGUACUAUUUCCUACUAAAUUCUCACGAGAGCGCCUCAUUUAGUGUAGCGUGUGUGUUUUUCUUCAGGUCUUCACCCUUACCUUAUUUAACAAGCCAUUGCUGCAUUUUUUUUAGUGCUUUUGAGUAUCGUAAAUCUCAUUUUUGAGUGUUAAAAAAAAAAAAAAACAACGUCCUUAAUCUUCGUUAUUGAUCUCUUUGGCCCUUUUUUUUUUGGCGGGCUAUAUUUUCUAUCUGUGUUGAUGUGUGAAAAUAAUUAUCUUGUUGAAUAAAACGGAACGACUUCUUAACUUGUGAA